ACUAUUGUAAAGAGUGAGAUAAGAUAAUUAUCCGAAGCAAGUAAUGUUGCGUUUCUACCAAUAUGAGAACCGAGAAAUUGCGGAUUUCCAAAAUAUAGAGAUCAAGCAGAUUUAGCAUAAAAUUCCUAAGUGUCUACUGUGGAUAUCGAGACAAGGGACCGGGAUCAUGGACUGUAAGAUUGAUCAAGUCUCUGAACCGUAAAGAUGAGUUCUACGGAGGUGUGAGGUUCAGUUGACUAAGAUAUGAUGGUGGGACGGGUUCUUCUCCUUGUCUUAUAUUCUCUAGAGGUCUCUGCUCAGAUGGGUUCGUCUGAAGAAAGAAGAGGCAAAAAAGUGCUCAGAAAAAUCAAGAAAGUUCCUCAUCUUGAACCAGAAGAUGAGCUGAGAUCCGUUUCUAGACAAGGUCUAGGAUAUCCUGGAGGAGAAGUACGUCCUGUUGGACCAGGAGAGGAUGCUCCACGUCUCUUUGAUUAUCCCAAGACUGUAAACAAUAGAACCUAUGAAUCCAGCAACAGAUUUAUCAAUCCUCUCUCUAUAUUUUCUGUUGUUCAAUUUCCUAAUACAGAGUGCCCAACAGAUACAGGAGUUGCUGGAACAUGUUAUACUCAAUAUGAAUGUGAUAGAAGACAAGGACAGAGUAAAGGUUCCUGUGCAGGAGGGUUCGGAGUCUGUUGUCUCUUCAAUACUCCAUGUAACUCAGAGACCUCGGAGAAUGGAACCUACUUCUCCUCUCCAGCAGCAAUAUCCUCGGUCUGCAGUAUCAUGAUUAGACCUAGAGACGAGGAUAUCUGUCAGGUUAGAUUGGAUCUGGAGGAACUAGUUCUCAUGGAUCCAGAUGAAUCCGGAAACUGCAGGAUUGAUUAUCUUCAGCUGUCUGGUGGAAUAUCUAACAGCGGGCAGAUGCCAACUAUCUGUGGAACUAAUUCCGGUCAACAUCUCAUCUAUACGGCUAUACCUAGCUUUCCGGCCAGACUCUCCAUAGUUGUAGAUAAUCAGGUUGCAAUAUCCGGAGGGGCUGGGUUGACCCGUAGAUGGAGAAUCAAGAUCUCCCAGUUCUCGUGCUUUUCUCCUGCUCUUGCUCCGGAAGGAUGUCUCCAGUACUAUACAGGGAUAUCUGGAAAUGUUUCCAGUUUCAACUGGAAGCUCACAGAUAACAGUAUGGGCGUUACCUCUACUGUCUCCAAUCAGGGCAAUACUCUCUCCAAUCAUAUGGCAAACUUAGACUACAGUGUUUGUAUCAGACGUGAGAGUGGAUAUUGUUCAAUAGAAUGGAGCACUCCGUCUCCCUACUCUACUCAGAACGGAUACUUUUCUCUCACCGGGACAGAGCAAACAGGGAUACUUUCACAAACAGAUGUCAGGGUUGGGGAUACGGACUGUAGGACGGAUUAUGUUCUGAUCCCAGAGGGAUGGGGAGGAACAGAUCUUAAUAACAGAUUGUACAGUAGAGAUAGGUACUGUGGACAAGCUCUGGGUUACUGUAACCAGCUCUCUUGUACAACUAAGGUCCUGGGAGCUGUGAGAUCAUAUACUACUCCAUUCACUUUGGGAGUUGUCACAGAUAACAGUGAAUCCUUAUCUCAAGGCGGAACUGGAGCUAAUGCAGUUGUAACGGAUACGAAGAAUAGAGGAUUUAAGCUAAACUUCAGACAAAACCCUUGUAAUUAGACAAUUGGUUAUAAGCUAAACUACAGACAAAACCCUUGAAAUUAGACAAUUGGUUUCAAGCUAAACUUCAGACAAAACCCUUGUAAUUAGACAAUUGUUUUCUAACUAAACCACAGACAAGCCCCUUGUAAUUAGACAAUUGUUUUUUAACUAAACUACAGACAAAACCCUUGUAAUUAGACAAUGGUUUCAAACUAAACUACAGUCAAACCCCUUGUAAUUAAACACCUGGUUUCAAACUAAACUGCAGACAAAACCCUUGUAAUUAGACAAUUGGUUUCAAGCUAAACUUCAGACAAACCCCUUGUAAUUAGACAAUUGGUUUCAAGCUAAACUACAGACAAAACCCUUGUAAUUAGACAAUGGUUUCAAACUAAAUUACAGACAAAACCCUUGUAAUUAGAAAAUUGGUUUCAAACUAAACUACAGACAAACCCCUUGUAAUUAAACACCUGGUUUCAAACUAAACUAAAUUUAGAACCAGAGAACUUGUAUGAAAAGAAAGUAAAGUAUAUCCUAUUCCAUAUUAUCACUUUAUUCCAUAUAUUAAUUAUAUAUUUAGUAGAUUCAGAUUUAAUUUUGUAGAAUAUUUAUUAUUUAAUGAUUUUACAGAGGUCAGUGUUUUUGUUACCGUCAUGAUACUAUUAUCGUAUUUCUUGUUGAUAAUACUUGCCAUUUUGUUUUCACUUUUAUGAUUGUUAUUGUUAAAUAUUUGUUUAAAUAUAUGUU